GUAGGGGGUGUUCCUCCCCUCAGAACAGGCGGAAAAGGGAAGCUUUGGGCGGUGCGUUGCUUCCCCUUCCGCAGGCUGCCCCGCCCCGGGCUGCUGCGGAGCGGGGCCGCCGGGCAGUUUUCCUCAUGGCAAUGGACUGGUUCGGCUUUGGCUACGCCGCCCUGGUGGCAUCAGGAGGACUCAUUGGCUAUGCAAAAGCAGGUAGCGUCCCGUCGCUAGCUGCUGGCCUUUUCUUUGGGAGUUUGGCUGGGCUGGGUGCCUAUCAGCUCUCACAGAAUCCAAAUAACAUUUGGCUUUCUCUGGUUACAUCUGGAACACUGACUGCCAUCAUGGGAACAAGAUUUUACAACUCCAGAAAAUUCAUGCCUGCAGGGCUAAUCGCUGGUGUCAGUUUGCUAAUGGUUGGAAGAUUAGCACUGAAGAUGGCAGGAAAGCCCCACAAUAAGUAAUUGUUAAUUUUACAGUGCAGUAUCGGAAUAAGGAAACCUGAUAAUGGAUUUCAUGAAUGCAGAAGCAAGAAGAUGGAACUAUUUUCUAUAUCAAGGCAAUUUAUUUUCCUUUUUUCUAUGUAAAGGGGAGUAGAAUUAUGGGACAGAUUUUUUACAUACAAGGUACCGUUUAUUUCAAUGAUCUGGUAGAGCUAUUACUAUGAAGUGAGAAAUUGGUCCUGGGUUUGAUUUUUUUUCCAGACACAUUUCAGUUUUUAUAUUCCAAAAUAUACAUGUCAGCAUGACAUGUACGAAGCAGAGGGGACCUGUAAUUAAGAAAGUAUCCACAGAGGCACCAGCAGUAAUUGGCCAACUACAACAGUGUAUCUCAUACCAUUCAUACUAAGUAUUACAGUACGCUUUAGCAGUUGCAUUCUGAGUUGAUGUACCAUGUCUGUAUAACACCAAAACGAUCUUACCUUUGUAUUGUGAAAUGAUGCUAAAAUGUUGCUUUCUACAAUUAAAAUCUGUUACAAACCUUUA